CGCAGGAAUGGAUGAUUUCGAAUUCAAAAGGGAUCAUGGUCGCUCUUCUUCCUUCGCAUCUGCCUCGUCCUUUUCUCGGCGUCGUCGAGGUGCGGCGAAGUAGAGCUGCUGCUGCUGCUGCUCCUAUUUCUACCGCUUCUACGUCGGCUGCCCUUCCAGAUCUAAAGAAAUGGGGAGCACGCCUUUGCUCCAAAUCCCUCAACCUCGCCUUCACCGGCGCGCUCGCUCUCGGAUUUGCCCUAGGCGGAGUUGGGAUUGCCGAUGCCAAAGUUGGAGUUAACAGGCCUGAGAUGCUUCCGAAGGAGUUCAGUCCAGUCAUUGAUGUUGCUGGGUUUCUCUCUGCAAGCCAGGAAAGACAGCUUUGUCAAGAAAUAGCAGAUCUGGAGAAGGACACAGGUGUUAAGCUAAGAAUUCUUGCACAGAAUUAUCCUGAAACACCAGGAGCAGCUGUUAAGGAAUUCUGGAAAGUUGAUGAUCAAACUAUUGUAUUUGUUGCUGAUCCAACUUUCGGAAACAUGUUGCACUUUAACGUUGGAGCUUCAGUUGAUCUGGACGUGCCUCGAAGCUUUUGGAGUCGCGUGGCCGGAAAGUAUGGCAACAUGUUCUAUUGGAAAGAAAAAGGGGAAGAUGCAUCUAUAGAAGCUGCAGUAGUGGCUAUUUCGAGUUGCCUCAGAGAAUCAACAGGACCCAGUAACUGCCUGGAGGUAAAUUGAAGCUUUCUUAGUAGGAGUUACGAAGGCGAAAUUGCACCAUUAUUUCUUAGAGAUCGACUGCGCCCGACCGACAAAUGAAUUCUUCUUCACAUUCGUUUGUGUUCGACUUGCUGAUGCUGAUGACCAAACAAGCCAUGAACUUAUCUACCAUCUCUGAGCAUGCUUUCAAUGGUGAAGUCUUGUCUUAAACUGAUCGUAGUGGAGGAGAUUGCAAAAGGAUCAUUGUGUUUUUUGUUUUCCUGUCUAAAGUUAUUUCGGUUAAUUGAGCAAAAUGCUCGAUAAAUCUU